UUGAGAUUUUUCUAAGCACACAUUCAUAUCAUCUGUGAAUAAUGACAAUUUUUUUUUUCUUUUUUAGAUUUUAAUUUCUUUUUCUUACCUUACUGUGAUGGCUAGCAUUUCCAGUACCCCGUUGAGUAGAAGUAGUGAUCAAGGCAUCCUUGUGUUCCUGAUCAAGAAGAAAGCUUCCCUUGUUUCACCAUUAAGGGUCAUUCUAUGAUCCCUGGAGGGACAGUGGUUAAGCGCUUGACUACAAACUAAAAGGUCAUUGGUUCGAACCCACUAGCCGCUCCGUGGGAGAAAGACAUGGCAGUCUGCUUCUGCCCUCAAGGUGGACACCUGCUUGGACCACUGGCCUGCCGGCUCUGCUGACCCUGUGCCUUGGACAGCUGUUCUCAGUGAAGGACCUUGCACUCGCUACUGAGUAGUGACCAUGGGCCUGCUCGCGUUCCUGAAGACCCAGUUCGCUGUGCACCUUGUCAUCGGGUUCGUCUUCGUGGUGAGCGGGCUCACCAUCAAUUUCAUCCAACUCUGCACGCUGAUCCUCUGGCCUGUCAACAAGCAGCUGUACCGCCGGCUAAACUGUCGCCUCGCCUACUCGCUGUGGAGCCAGCUGGUCAUGCUCCUGGAGUGGUGGUCCUGCACGGAGUGCACGCUCUUCACGGACCAGGCCACGAUAGACCGCCUCGGGAAGGAACAUGUGAUCAUCAUCCUCAAUCACAACUUCGAGAUCGACUUCCUCUGCGGAUGGACAAUGUGUGAGCGGUUUGGCGUGCUGGGGAGCUCCAAAGUCCUUGCUAAGAAGGAGCUGCUGUACGUCCCCCUGGUUGGCUGGACGUGGUACUUCCUGGAGUAUGUGUUCUGUAAGCGGAAAUGGGAGGAAGACCGGCAGACUGUGAUCGAAGGGCUGAAACGCUUGUCUGACUACCCCGAGCCCUUCUGGUUCCUGCUCUACUGUGAGGGGACGCGCUUCACGGAGACGAAGCACCGCGUCAGCAUGGAGGUGGCUGCUGCCAAGGGGUUAGCCCCCCUCAAGUACCACCUGCUGCCUCGAACCAAGGGCUUCACCACUGCAGUCCAGUGUCUCCGGGGGACAGUCACUGCUGUCUACGACGUCACGCUGAAUUUCAGAGGGAACAAGAACCCGUCUCUGCUGGGGAUCCUCUACGGGAAGAAGUACGAGGCUGACAUGUGUGUGAGGAGAUUUCCUCUGGAGCAGAUCCCAAUGGAUGAGAAGGAAGCGGCUCAGUGGCUUCAUAAACUGUACCAGGAGAAGGAUGCUUUACAGGAGAUCUAUAAUCAGAAAGGUACAUUUCCAGGGAAACAGUUUAAACCUGCCAGAAGGCCGUGGACCCUCCUGAACUUCCUCUUCUGGGCUACCAUUCUACUGUCUCCUCUCUUCAGUUUUGUCUUGGGCAUCUUUGCAAGUGGAUCCCCUCUCCUGAUCCUUACAUUCUUGGGAUUUGUUGGAGCAGCGUCCUUUGGAGUCCGAAGACUGAUAGGAGUGACUGAGAUAGAAAAAGGCUCCAACUAUGGAAACCAAGAGUUUAAGAAAAAGGAAUAAUUAAUGGCGACAGCUGAACACGCAUAACUGAUGGUGGUACCCAAUUAACUCAAUUAAAAACAGAACAACAUACACAGAGAGAAAAAAAGAGACACUUAGAAACUAUUUUUCUUAUUAACUGGUGACUAAUAUUAACAAAUAAAACUUGAGCCAAGAGUAAAGCGCCCGUAAGGAUGACAGAGGAAGACUGUCCUGCGUCCACAUGCCCAGCCAGGCCAGAGUGUCCCCUUGGGGGCGGAGGCGGGCUGCUAGGAGGGGCACUGGCUGGCUGGGGGGAGGCAGUUCCGAGGCGGUCAGUCUCACAUGGAGGUCAUCUUUCAAGAACUCUGCUUGCGAGAGGGAGUUUUGGAUGCUUCCUCUUCUUAAACUUAGGUCUAGUUUUUGUUUUUUAUCCAUCACUACAGGAGCUUACCUGGGCCCCUCCUCUUCCCCUGCACCCCUAGAAAACUGUCUCUCAAUGAAUUUUCUGCUGUCCUCCUGGGACGGAUUCAAACGGGUUCCUGAGCCCCACAGAGUUCGUCCUGUCCUACGUGGCAGUGCCAUGGCUUCUGGACCAGGGGGGCUUGGGGGGCGCCCUGGGGGACCCUCUCUUAGUGAUAAGCACACAUGAACGUAAAUCAGAGGGAUUCGUAGCAAAUCCAGGUUUCCUUCCCGCCCUGCACUGGGGCUCAGCGGACGGCAAUGGCCCCGUUUUGCUUCCCUGGCAUCUUGGCCCCUUCUCUAUGCUUAAGAUACCUUGAACCUAUUUUUAAAGUGAAUGGGACCCCUGAGACCUCAGUGAAGUAUGGAAUUCCUCGUGUAUUCCAAAGCCCCUGUCCCCGUUCUUCCCCACCAAGGCCCUCAGACCCCUCAGUGCCUGGUCCUGGGGUGGCCACGCUGGGCCAGAUGGGACAGCCUGGAGGAGCCAAGUGCCAGGGGCGGGCGGUGUGUGGAUGUGGUCCUGCCCCUGCCCUGGACUGCAGGCCGCUGCACUCGGCGGGACUCCACGGAAGGGUUUUUACGAAGUGAUGUAACCACUGAGCCUGUUUCUGUUAAAGGUAGAGGAGGCUGUUAACACUGGGCUAGCUGGCUUUUAGAGAUUUUAUUUUUGCUCCUUGGUGAUAUGCUGAUGGCACUUAGCUUUCCCGUGAAGAUUAGAGGUGGUGGACAGGCUUCUUUCCCUCCCCUUCUCUCCCCCUCCCCAGAUGUCACAGAUGUUGUGUGUCCUGGGGGGGCUGCCUCUGUCCAGGCAGGGGUCAGCAUGGUGGCCUAGGCCAUACUCAGUGUCCAGGGGGUCACACCUCUUCUUCGUGCUGCUGCUUUGUGCUCACCAUCUGAACGGUGGUCUUUGAGGGACUUCCAAAGAGCCAGAGAUAACGGGGCAGCACUUGGCUGGCUCAUGCUCCCCUUACCCAUCACCUCAGGGGGGCUUCCCUUGGCCUCCGGUACAUUGAAUGUGGGUUCAUCCUGAAGCUGCUUGGGGCUGGCCAGAGAGGUGGGAGGGAGGGACAUCUGAGGCCCUCAGGGUCUCCCUGCCUGAGAUCCAGGCCCAGGCUCAUCUAGCUGCAGCACCCUUCCCCCAGCCGCGCUCAGCUGUUUUUCUCAAACUUUCUGCUUGCUUUUUUUAAGUCGUGCUCUCCUCAUCCUUUGUAGCAAGGGGAGAACAAAUGAUGGGUAUUCUCCCUGAUGGAUCCUAACCCGCAUUCUGUAGAUCGGCAGGCUGAAUUUUCUAGGAAGAGAAAGUGGAAGAAAGAGGCGUGGAGGAAAUGAGGAACUACAUUGAAAAAAAUGAUUACACCACUGGCCCUAAGGGCCUCUGUUAGGAAGUUUUACCAAGGCGGCAUGUGUUCUUUAUAGCGAAGACCAUGGGCUUGGAGACCGUGACAGAGGGCGUGAAGACAGAGGUGGUCGCCACAAUGCCCACCUGCCCACCACUCCCGAUAGUGAAUGAAACAGUUCCCUUUGGGACCAGGGGGUAAAACGGAACAGAACAAAACACAGCUUCACCCCGUUUUUCCUUUCGAAGUCUGCUCCCUCUGUCUGAAAGCCAGGCCCCCUACCCCUUCCCCAGCUCUUAGCCGAACUGUGAGCAGACACCAGCACCACAGGCGAGCGCCUCCCGAAAUGUCCAUCUGUCUUGAUGCUGUAUGUUGCUCGUCUGUAUGUGUGUUUUUGAUCCAUGUCAUUAGCUAAUUCUUACCCACCAGACAGUUUGAAAGGAAAAGUGUUGAAAGCUACUACCUAGAAAUGGAGGUCUAGAUCGUUUGCCAUUAAAUGCACAGUUCUUGCUUCCCAGAUGAGUUCCCUUCCCUUGACAUUAACAUGGAACCUGUGAUUCUCAGUGGAGUCCAGGAAUGAAGACGCACAGGUUCCAGGGGCAAUCGAGACAAUGCGGCAGGCUUUCAAUUUCACAGGGUUCUCCUCUGAUGUAACGCGCGCAGCUUCAUUUGUGCAUCUGAGCACCAAGCCCUCUGAGGGCAAUAAAAACAAAACCAGGAGUGCUCUGGAGUUUUUUUGGAGGGGAGUGGCCUUAGCUUUCCACCCAUCCUGGAAGGAAAAAGGAAGGGAGGGCAACUCCUUUAACUUAUUUUCAAAUUUUAGGAGAGUGCUUUUUUCUUUUUGCUUUCCCCACUGCGCCUGUUGUUGUCAUGUCAGAGUUCAGGCUGGGUGCUCGGUGAGCGGCGAGGCAGCCCCGGGACAGCAGGAGCGGGUUGCUGUUGGAGAGCAGGACUGGGGGCGAGGGUGCAUCUUAAGCGUGGAAUUGUCGGUGCCCUCUACGCUGGUCCCUGGGAUCAGGUGGAGGAUGGGAGGGGGCUGGCUGGCACUCCCUGUACUGCUUGGGGGUCCCUGCUAGCUCCCCCAGGCUGAAAUCCGAGCCUGGAGUAUGGUCUCCAGUGGCUGAUUGGCUGCCUUACCUCUCUGCUCAGGCUCAGGCAAGCAGGGUCUCAGGUGUGUGGGUUCUCCCACCUGUUUUCCAAGCUCUGUCCACUUCUUAGUUGUUCCCUACCACCCCGCCCCCCUCCCCACUUCUGUCCUGACGGUGCCCCAGUGGCCCAAGCAGAGUUCAGGCUUUGACCAUCCCAGAGCUGCCUGCAAGUAGGUGCCCCUGGUCCUGUGCCAGCUGGAGAGAGGGCUGCAGUUCUUUUGGCCCCUCGUCGGGACCCUGGCGGCUUCUAAAGAUGCCUGUGGCCUUUCAUGGUGCCUGUGGCAUCGAUCAACAUCCAAAGCCUUUCUGGCUUCUCUCUUUGGGUCUCUUCCUUUUCGCAGUGACUAUCCUCAGGGCAUGCCAGGGAGCAGAUGCCAGGGAAAGGGUUUCAUAGACUAGGGAACACUACCUUUAUAUAAGCUCCCUUUUUCUCAUCAUUAAGGCCUUGGAGGGGUUCGGAAUGACCACCCCUGCACACAUGUUUUAGCCUAGAGAAAGCAGUGACCCUGGUCAUCCGCCACUUGGUGACGGCAUACUGGACACACAGCCCUACUUGAGGUGCUUUAAGGUCCCUGUGCCUAAGGAGCACACAGUCUGGUGGAAGAGAUGAGCUCUGAGUACCUAAACCACUAAACAACGUAAGCAGCGCUUUCUUGUAAGCAGAUAAUGCAGGUAUUGUAAGAGAUCGAUUUUUAAUCUCUCCACCUUGUCUGCCCCCAUUUCCCCCUCCUGUCUACCAUGGCUUGAGAACUUUUCCUUUCACUCACUUAGUUGAGGUACCGAGCUCUGAGUAGAGCUGAGGAAAAAACAGGGGUCAGACCCAGCAGUGUGCCCUCAUAUACGAUUCAAAGAUGUCACAAGGCAGCCUGCACCCAUCAGGACUACCAAUUUGAGUCAAAUUUGGGGUGAAGCAUACGUAACGUAACUCGUAACUCUUUCUGCAUGUCACUUUGCCUCUGCCUGACACAGUUACAGGACAACCCAAGAGUAACCUUUUCAGCCCGGCUGAUUUCCAUCUGAAUUGUUCAUGGGGUUGAAGGACCCGUGCAUAAACCCAGGCUUCAAAUUUCCUGCCAAUGGUUGCGGGCCCCCUGGCAUGCAACGAUUUGUGUUAAAUGGCGUAACGUGGCUUCUAACCCUUCUGCAAUGUAACCAGACCUAGGCUUAAAACCCUGGGCCUGCGACACCCGCCUGCCUUCUCUCUGGACACAGCAUGCCCCCGGCCUGGAAACUCGCCCCUUCCUCCCUCCAGUGAGCUAGCCCCCAAACCAAAUGUACUCCAGGCCCAAGGUGGGGCCCGGCCACAGCACCAUGCUUGGGCCAUGACUUGGUCCAGUAGCCCUGCGGUGGAGCUGUUGGUGGACUCAGUCAUUCAGUUUC